CACGCACUGACAGUGUUUUGUUGGCUUUUCACCAAAUUUGACGCUUCAAUACAUCAUUUGUUUACCACUUAAGACAUCACUGCAACGGAUCCGUAAGACAUGUCGCACACCAUAGUGUUGGUACAGACCGGCAAACCUGACACCAGAACCUACAGUGACUUCGAGUCUGUCAACGAUGCCAUGGAGGGCGUGUGUCACAUCUACGAGCAGCACCUGAAGCGCACUAAUCCGGACACGCCGUCCAUCACAUACGACAUCUCACAGCUCUUUGACUUCAUCGACGGCUUGACUGACUUGAGUUGUUUGGUCUAUCAGCGCAACACCAAUACGUACGCCCCGUAUGCCAAGGAGUGGAUCAAAGAGAAGAUCUAUAUUUUGCUGCGACGGGUGGCCAACAAGACGUGAGGCAUCACUUGAUCCCAAACACCACACUCUCACUGACACUCUCGACGUCUCUCUUUGUCUUUGACUAUCCUCUCGCCUCAACUGAGUCUAGAAACUGAUCCACAGUUUAGUACUUUUCGUAAUUGUGUUUUGAUGUCCACU